UGCCCUCUUUGGUUUGACACCUCUACGCAGCAAUAAUUUGCUUUUUUUAAUAAAAACAAAUAAGAAAGUCAUGCGGCACUCUCUGCCCCACCACAUAAACACGUAAAAUGCCACCCAAAAUCAUCCAGAUAACGCUCUGCGGGAACACACAGUGAAAGCGUUGUGAAAACACACAUAAAAACACAAGAGAAGAGAAGAAAAAAAAGGCGAACGAGAUAAGAAACAAAAUACAAAAAAUCCAAGCUGUCGUCAGCAGAAGCAGCAGAACAGCAACAGCCACUGGGAUGAUGGAUUAGUCCAAGGGUCCGAGACGCAAGUUUGAACUUGGCAGAAGAUUAAGCACCGAUUAAUCACGCCGCGCAGAUCCGGAUCCUCCUCCUGAUCAGGAGGUGCCCCCCAGUACCAUGUCCUCGGCGGUCAACAUACAGAUCGUGUCGAUGCCCAAUCUGGCGAAAAUCGAGAACUUCCUGAAGGAUGUCAGCUACCGGGAGACGAUCGAGUACAGUGCCAAUUUCAACACACGCCUGUGCAUCGAGCGGCGCCUCCGGCUGCCGUUCCUGGAUCCACAAACGGGUGUUGCCCAGAACCACUCACAGCUCUUCAUGGACAAGCGGCAACGGAUGCCGGGCUUCCGGCAGGGACAGAUCUACACGUAUCCGGCGGCCAGGUGGCGAAAGAGUCGCCGCCAAUACUUGACCAAGAUGUACAGUCGGUUUCCCGAGCGACCCUUCCAGGCGCUGCGCAAGGAACAUGAAGCGCUGGUGGCCAGCGGCAUUGGCGGCGUUAAUCUCGGCAUUGGCCUGAGCAGCCUGGGUGGCAGCGGCGGCGGCAGCAGCUCCUCCUCCCUCAGUCUCAACAUGCUAACAGGGGCAGGCACAACGACGCCUUCGGUCUUAGCGGCACUGCACAGCGACACCACGCACGACUUCAAUGGAGCCUUCAGCCUGGAGGAGUCUAGCUCCCUGGGUGCAGCCGGUGGCGACACCUCCGACAGCAAGGAUAGCCAACAGCAGCAGCACCAACACCACCAACAACAACACCAGCAGCAGCCGUCAACGCAGUCCAAGGAUGAUCUGCCCAAGGAAUGGUUCUACGAUGACAUGGAUAUGAACGAUGUCGACUCGCUGGAAGAGCCAAAGUCACCGGCAGACGACGAGUACGACUACGAUCCGCGCUAUGGUAAUAAGAAGAGGCGCAAGCGUCGCCCCGGCAAGCGGGGCACAUCCAAUGCGGCUGGCGGUGACUGUGUAGGUGGCGGUGGCGGCGGCGGUGGCUCUAGCGGCGGCUCCAGUGCCCGACGACGCAGUGCCGUGAUGCGUACUCGCAUCACCACCACAGAUGCCGCUCUGGAUGCCUCCCUGGAGGCCAUAGAGUUGGGCGACAGUGUCCCUGGAAGCAAUGGCGGUGGCGGUGGCAGCACGCCCACUUCCAGCAGUGGCAUCGGCAACAACGGUGGUGGCAGCGGGGGCAGUGGCGGCGCCGGUGGCCGACGUUCCCGGGGAGUGGGCACUCGCGGCCGGCGACGGACCAAAGGAAGCGGUGGCUCCUCCAUGGGCGGCUCGGGCUCUGGCCUGCCCCACAGUUCAUGUGAUCCGCACAGCCCGGGCAUGGUCAUUGAGCCGCCAUCCUUCGAGAGUGCCGCUGCGGCAGUGGGCGUCGGCGGCGUCGUCGAGGAUGGAAAUGCGCAUCUGCGCAAUUAUCGCAAAUAUCUGUAACGAAUGAACGAAUGAUGAUCAAUAAGAGCUCCCCAUACCUAUCCCAUGCCCUGUUCCUAAUCCUUACAAUCCUUCUUCCUAGCUCUUCAACCCAACUAUUUUUGUGUAUUUUUAACACGUUGAUGUAUCUGUUUUCUGCAUUGUUUUCUAUAUUGAUAUCUCUCGCCUAAUCUACAUAUUUUUUUUCGCACCUAAUUUAAAUCUAGUUUAAGUCCGUAGCUCAUUAGUUCCUUAUGCGAUCUGAUGAGUCCCCAGCCUUGGGCCCAGCAGCAGCAUAUCUCAUCUCUUCACAAGAAACCCAAACCCAAAAAAACCGAAAGAUCCAAAUGAAAAGCCAGGACCAGAGCCAGUGACAGUGACAGUGACAGAAACAGAGACGGGGCGUAGCAAAUACAAUUCCAAUGUUUCGUCGUCUCUUUUAACUUUACGUUCCCAUAGCCAAUUGACUGUUUGUUUUCCUACAUAUGCAUAUGCAUAUACACAUAUACAUUUAUGCAUGCAUACCAUACAUAUGUAUGUAUGUCUGUCUGUCCGUUUGUCCCACUUUACAUUAUAUAAUUAUAUAGUAUGUGUCGUCCUCCUCACACGUAGUACUAGAGAGAGUCUCUCUUUCACCACGGACUACAACAUAGUACCAUUACCAAUCCUCACUCACUAUCUCGGGUUCUCUGUCCCUUUUGAGCCUUUUUGCCUUGUUUUAUUUUCGCUCAACUUUCAAUCAUAUUCAAAUUUGAAACCUUAGUUGAAACGGAGACAAAAUGAGAAUUGAAAAUUGAUAUAUGAUGAUAUGUAAUGUAUUUUAGGCAAUGGUAUGGUAGGGUAUACUCUAGUAUAUAUAGCUUAACGACAACUCGAUUUCGUAAACCAAAAUUUUUCUCUAGGAUCAUAACACUUAAGAGCUAAACAAAAAGGAAAGAAAACCAAUUUAAACGAAAGUGAAAAUAAAAUGCAUAAAAAGCGACGGAACGAAAUCAAAUUGUGCAAAUUUUGAUAAUCAAAGACAAAUUAAUUCAUGCAUAUUCGAAUAAAAAUAAAAGUGAGGCAUAAAGAUUGGAUCGGAUCGGGAUCUGGAUCGGAAAAGAUUUACAAAAAUGGCAAGAGAGAAUUAGGUUUCUAAGAUGUUUUAAUAUAUUUUUUAAUAAC